AUGUCUUGGUCACUGCGUAUGCUCGUAUUUCUAUCGCUUCUUCUCGACGCAGUAACGGCGUCUUUGGAUGUACAAGUAAUUGAUAAACAAGAGCCACCGACUAGUCGAUUUGCCUAUGUGACUGUACACUAUGAAGGCACGAGUCGUGAUGCUGAGUAUGUCCUGGGAGUUCAAGUGAUGAUGCAUUCAAUUAAAAUGACUGGUUCUCCCUAUGACUUGGUGGUAUUAGCCUCGGAAUCAGUCUCCGAAGAAAGCAAGACGUUAUUUCGUUCCAUGGGGUGUCGGGUACUUGAUGUCACGAACAUUAAGAACCCGUUUGUCGGUGGAACGCUACGCAACAAGAACUUUAUUUACACGUUAAACAAAUUGCACGUGUGGAAUAUGCUCGAGUAUGAACGUGUAGUGUAUCUGGAUGCUGACAAUGUGUUGAUUCGUAAUGCAGAUGAGCUCUUUCUCUGUGGACAAUUCUGUGCUGUGUUUAUGAAUCCGUGUCACUUUCACACGGGAUUAUUGGUAGUUACACCCUCUUCUACGGAAUAUCAACGCUUGUUGAAUGCGCUCGAUCAUUUAGAGAGCUUUGAUGGAGCUGAUCAGGGAUUUCUAUCCUCUAUGUACAGCAAAAUGUUACGGAAAGCCAAGUUGUUUACGCCUCUGCAAGCGUCGUUUACAGGAGCUGAACUAGAAGGGCUGCAGAAAUUGAAACUGGAACCCAAGGGCAUGAGAUUGCCCGUGGGAUACAAUAUUAAUCACAAGUAUUUCUACGAACAGUACCAUUGGAAACUAUUCUACUUGCGGCAGUUUGCAUCGAUGACAUCACCUAUUAGUCCGGUCAAGCCGUGGUACUGGUGGGCAGGAUUUCUUAUGGAUUUGCAUGCUGUGUGGCAUGACAUCCGUGCGACACUACCAGCGUCGCAAGAACGUUAUGGAGCAGAAGAAGCGGUAAAGACGCUGCUGGGUUUCUUUAGCUCGCUUGCGUUGCUUACGGCGGUUCUGUAUGCGCUCAAGAUUGCGUUACCCUUGCGUCAGAUCCAACAGCGAUGCACGGACUUGGCCAUGCGGAACAGCAAACAGGUCCGGUAUGCUUUUCUGGCGCUCCGAAUAGCUCUCGUGGUGCUCGCCUUCCGACUCGCUCCUUCGCGCGUCCACCCGUUAGCUCCCGUGCACUAUGGCUAUGGCCUUACGAUCUUCAUGAAUGUGUUCCUGCACAUAUACUUUGCCUGUGUGAUUUCCAACUUUUGGGACCCGCACCAAGUGGUGUCCAUACCACGUGUACUUUAUGUGAUUCGGUUUUGGCUAUAUGUGGCUAUCACGGCAGCAUUCGAGCUCUUUGUGGUUUGGUUCAGUACGUGGAAUGUGUUCUUGAACGUGAUAUGGCGACUGCUUUCGAUUUUCGGUGCCGUCUUCCUUUGCGCGUACUGGCAAGUCACGUAUUACUGCCUCACGCUGAACGCUGAGUUUGGUGGUAAGAAGGAGCGACUCAGGAGGCUCUAG